GAUAUGUGUACUAAAAAAUUAAUAACUUAAAAAUAAAAUUUCUCACAACUCCUAUUAAAAUACGUGGUGUAUCACUUGUAUUCAAUCGUAUUUAAAAAUUUCUACUGCAGUGCCUCAGAGCGUGGCAAAAUCUUAUUUAAUUGGUUUCCUAUCAUCAUCGGGAAUUGGGAUGCCGUGUUAACUUGGGAAACAAUCUAUUCUUGUUUCUUGAUUGGAAACCCUAACCCACCAACCCACCAACCCUUCGCUUAUAAAUACAAAACCGCAUCCCUUUUCUUUUGGGCACCCACAAUUCCCCCUCCACCAAUUCUACAAACAAAGGUACUGCGCCUACUGAUUUGGGACAAGAUUCAGAGGAAGAAGACGACGUGUGUGUGUGUGUGUGUGUGUGUGUAUAUAUAUAUAUAUGUAUGUAUGUAUGUAUGUACGCAUGUGCAGAUGAUAUAAGAAUCAUCAUCAUGGGGAAGAACAAGAUCGACAUCAAGAAAAUAAACAACAAGAACUACCUCAAGGCCACAUUCUCCAAGCGGCGCAAGGGUUUGUUCCGAAAGGCCACUGAUCUAUGCUGUUUGACUGGCGCCACCCUCGCGGUUAUAGCCUUUUCGCCCGGUAACAAGCCCUUCCUCUUUGGCCACCCCUCCGCCGAAUCUGUCAUUGAUCGAUUUCUUGCUGAACAAGCAAGGUGUGCAUCCGAUGAUCGCAAAGAGGAGGUUCUUGAGUCCGGUAGUGCCGGCGUUGAGCACAAAAAUUUGGAGUCGAGUCGAGAGGAAGAAAAGGAAGGGGGCCAAGGUAUGGACGAGGAGAAUGGGAAUUUUUGGUGGGAGGAGCCGAUUGACGAAGGGUUGGAACUGCCGGAACUCAAAAAGUACAAGUCUUUGUUAGAACGUUUGAGGGAGAAUGGGGCUAUUAAGUUAGAUGAGAUGAAUAGGAGAGAAUUGUGCACAAAAGAUUAUUUUGGUAUGAAUUGGGGUUUCGAGGUUGGUUCGAGCUCUUCUACUCCUAGCGAAGAAAGAGAUGUAUGAGAUUAAUGGCUGUGUUGAGAAUUUUGGGUUUUAGUUUUGGGGUAGCGACGGUGGUGGCGCCGCCUUCUGCAGGAGAAAUCACGGGCUCUUUUGAGAAAGGCCACGGUCUAGAGAGGUGCGCGGAGCAGAGCCUCAUUCUCUAAACGGAGUGUGAUUUUUUUUGGUUUUAGUUUUGAAUAAUUAGGGAAGUUGUAGCUAUUGUGAUGCAGAAGACAAAUUUUUUAAUGCAGUUGUGACUUUUUCUUGAAUCUUUC